UGAAAACUACACGAGUUGUUCGAAUUUUAUUUUUGCUCCUGUCCCUGUUCCACUUCGCGUUGGAGACUUGGGGAGCAGGUAAUCGGUAUAACAACAUGAAUCGCACGCCGUCAGGGAGUAUGCCACAAGGUCACCGCCAGCACCAUAACCAAAAUCCGAAUCAGAAUCAGAACAACAUUCACAAAAACGUUGUGAGCCGGGAUGAACACAGAGCACGCCAGAUCAUAUCGAGGGAUAUGUCAAAAUAUAUGAAUCUCAGCGUCGAUCCCUGUAUGGACUUUUAUGAGUAUGCAUGUGGCAACUGGGCAGGAUUCCAUACUCGACAGCUGCGUGAGGGGGAACUCGGCACAGUUCAACAGCUGGUGGAAUCUGGCAUUGUGGACCAGCUGCUGAAUUUGCUGAAGUUGCCCCUGCCACCGCCGAAUCAUCCCAAUGAGUACAGUGCAACAGGUGCUGCGAAUGUGAGAAAGGUGUGCAGCUUCUACGACACCUGCGUCGCUGUGGAGGCAAAUGCCGAGGAGCGCCGUCAAUUUUUGAUGAAGAUACUUCAGGAGAACGGUGGACUGCGGAAUGUGCCCAAAUCAAAUUAUCAGCCCAAUGUUUCUUGGCUGCAAACGCUGGCAAAUCUUCGAAGGAACUACGGACUGGAUAUAUUAAUCGGGUUAAGUGUGGAUCUCAAUCUGCAGCAGAUGAGGGGCAACAGUAUCUACCUGGGAGAACCUAGAUUAACCAUCAUUCCCGUGGAGCAUUGCAAUGCCUUGGCCACCCAGCAGGCGAACUUUCAUGAGGAUGUCUUUGAGCAACUGCAGCAGCAGGUGGCGGACAAUAUGAACGAUUGGUUUGAAAUGGAAACUGGAGAGGCAGCUCGCUUUGCCGGCGACUUGAUACGCUUUGAGUUUGAGCUCUGCAAACGCAUGAGAGAACAUCAAAGCUUGCCAGCUACAGAUCAGCAACAGGAGUCCGCACAACCACCUGUAUAUCCCGGACGUUCACGCACUGGACAGGAUCGAUUGCGUCAGCAGCCUGGUGGCAGCUCCUUCUAUCCAAGAAUGACCUUAACCGAGCUGACCAGCAAGUUGGGCAAUUCCCUCGACUUUAAGUCCUUCGUGGAGGGCAUUCUAGAGAUGAACUAUGUGGAUUACGUCUAUGUGCGCUCACAGAACUAUCUGGAGCAUGUGGUUCGCACGGCUAAGGCGAACAAUCAUUAUACUAUAUCCGGUUAUAUACUCUAUCUGGCAUUGUUGCAGCUAAAUCAGCCGCCGGAGGAGCAUGCAAUGCUUCGACCUCGCCAAUGUGUUCAUGUGAUGCAGCGUCUCUUCCCCCAGGUGCUGGGAGACAUGUAUCAACGGAAAGUCCACCAAUAUGAUGCCCAACAUGACAUCGAGGAGGUGUUCAAAGACCUAGUCAAGGCCUUUGAUGAGCUGCUCAGGGUCGAGUGGCUCAACGAGAACGAUCGUCGUGCGGCAAGAAUUAGAUUGGGGGAAUAUCACACUGAAUUUCCAAACUACCAGGGUAUUGAUCUCUCCGAGCUGCACUUUCAGAAUAACGACGACUAUUGGCGUAAGCUGGAGAUCACACUCAAAUUCAAUGCUCGGGAGCAGUUCAACUCCCUGAGGGGUAAUGACUUCGGACAAUCCGCUGUAGCUGGCUUAGAUGCUUUCGAAGUGAGAGCCGCUCUCGUGCCUCGCAAACAGACUGUUCUCGUGGGUUGGGGACUACUCCAGACUCCCUACUACAACUAUUUCUAUCCAAAGGCAUUGAAAUACGCACUCCUUGGACAUCGCUUGGCCAGUGCCCUCCUUAUGGCAUUUGAUAACGACGGAUGGAACAAACAUCCCCAGGCGACGGCAACUUGGUCCGAACAGACGAUUGAAAACUACAAGAAUGUCAGCGAGUGUCAACGUGCCCAGUACAGUAAUUAUCUCGCCGAUGAUCCCAGCGAGUUUCGCAAUGCAACGCGUCUAAGGGAGAUCAUUGCCGAGGGCGGAGCUCUGAAUGUAGCAUUCAAAGCGUAUCUCAACUGGUUGGAGCAACAGGAUCAUAAAAUGACGACACUGCUAUCGCGAGAAACGCUGCCCGAGCUAAACUUUACCAACACACAGCUAUUCUUCAUUUAUUUUGCUCAAACCCAUUGCUGGGCUAAGCCUGGCGAGGAAUCUCCCCCAGAAGGCAUGCCCCUCAUGCAACACACUCCACAACGCUGGGAUGUCAAUGGACCGCUGAGCAAUUCGGAGGAAUUUGGACGUGAAUUCGGUUGUGCCUUGGGAAGUCCAAUGAACAGCGGCAACAAGUGCUUAAUUUUUUAAGAAGCUGAAAUUAUAAAAAACUAUACACGAAAAAAAUCCUUGAUUGUUUUGCUGCGAUAGGAGAAGCAAGAGAAAAUAGCGUGUGGUCAAAAUUGUACCAAAAAAUAUGAGUGAUAAUGUCAUGUCUGAGAUAUAUAUUAAGAAAUAACUGAGCUCGACAAAGAAAUUAAAACUAAUUAAAUAUUUUUCUUUACUAUUUUAAAUAAAAAUCAAU